CAUCACACGAGUAAACAAUUUUGUGCUGCUAGCGGCCUGAUCGUGAUCGGCUAGCUGAGUGGCUGUGGUGAUCGUAGACUUUUUCGCUAAACAAGUGCUAUAAGAACAAUUAAAAUGGCUUCUUCCAGCACAUCGAUAAAGCAGGAACCUACCGAUGUCAUGGAACUUGAAGUUCGAAUAAUGGAACUUUGUAAACAAAACGCGAACGGUGUAGCCGAUUCUGUUAUCCAGAAGAACCUUCCUGAUAUCGGCGUUCAGCAGCGCGUGUCGGCUAUCAACCGACUGCUUUCGACCGGCAAAAUCGAUCUGGUCAAGACGAGUACCGAGUUAAUGUACCGGGCUAAAGAUCCGACAUCGUCUGCUAAAAUUAAAGGAGCAGAUAAUCAAGAAAAACUAGUGUAUCAAAUAAUUGAAGAAUCUGGAAAUAAGGGGAUCUGGAUACGAGAUAUAAGGUACAGGAGUAACAUCCUUCAAACUCAAGUAAACAAAAUCUUGAAAAGUUUAGAAACAAGAAAACUAAUCAAGGCGGUUAAAUCAGUCGGUGCUUCAAAGAAAAAAGUGUAUAUGCUUUACAAUGUACAACCCGAUCGCUCUGUCACCGGUGGGGCCUGGUACAGUGACCAGGAUUUCGAGGCAGAAUUUGUGGAUGUACUGAAUCAACAAUGCUUAAAGUUUUUGCAACAGAAGAAUGAACUCGCAAAGAAGAUGAAGCUUGAACCAUUGUCUGUUCGUAUGAAAUCGUUCUCAUCCUCAAAAGAAGUUUGGAAGUACAUCUCAGAGUUGGGCAUCAGUAAAGUAGAACUUUCUGUAGAAGACAUAGAAACAAUUUUGAACACCCUUAUCUAUGAUGGAAGGAUUGAAAUGACCUUAAUGGCGGGACAGGGAGGGUCAGUUGAUUCAGGGGAGGUAAAGUUGUAUCGGUCAGUUGAGAUGUUAAUAGAGCCAGCAGGAAUCAUGCGUGUGCCAUGUGGUGUGUGCCCUGUGUUUGAUCAAUGUAACGAAGGGGCUAUAAUUUCACCUUCAAACUGCGUUUACAUGAGCGAGUGGCUAGAAUUUUAAACUAAACAUUGCAAAUGUAACAUGAGCAGGAACUUUGAACUUUAAACUACCUUCAUAAGAAACAGCACAUAUCCAUUUAAAGUUGGCAUGAAUGUCCAGGUUUACAUCAUUAAAGAUUGAAUAAAUAAUAUUUAUGAUCAAAUGAAA